AUGCAGGCAGGCAGCGGCCAAGACUAUGUGACCUCAGAAAACCAGCUGCUCUACUACCCCAGCAUCACCUACGCGAUCAUUGGCAGCUCUGUCAUUUUCGUGCUGGUGGUGGCCUUCCUGGCCCUGGUGCUGCACCACCAACGCAAACGCAACAACCUCAUGACGCUGCCGGUGCAUCGGCUGCAGCACCCUGUCCUGCUGUCCCCGCUNNNGGUCCUGGACCACCCCCACCACUGCAGCGUCACCUACAACGUCAACAACGGCAUCCAGUACAUGUCCAGCCAGGCCUACCACAGACCGGUGGACCUGGACUCUCCGCCCUCCUACUCAGAGGCCGUGCUGGACCAAAGCAGACCACCUUGGUUUGACCUUCCUCCGCCGCCUUACUGUUCUGAAUCUGAACCCAGUAAUCAGCCAGAUCUUCCUCCUUACCGCUCCCGGACGGAAAGCUUGGUGAGCACAGAGACCCCCGUGGCAGGAAGCCCUCUGGGCACAGCCAACCAGUGGACAAGAGACAUCCAUGACAACAUGGAUGGCCACAGAACUCUCCUGGAGAGGACAGCAGAUCAAAGCAAUUCUCUGGUCGACCACAUUGCUGAAGGAGAAGUGUAA